GUGCGGUACGUACGGGGUGGUUAGCAUCGAACGCACGUUCUCGUGCGUUACUCGUGCGUGUACUCGUACCCUCCCCUCUCCUCCAACCAUGGCCAAAUCACCCAGAGGCUUUGAAAUUGAUCAAUCGAUUUUCAAAGCAUAGAGAAAGAUAAGCACGGUCCAGUAGUUCACAAAAAACAAAAACAACGACCAACCCUGUUGCAGUGCUGCCGAUUGCCUUCACAACAAUGACGAGAUCCAACUUCGCUAUUUGCUUCUACUGCAUUAUUUUAGCUUCGGUCUCUGCUCUGGCCCUCACCAAUGGAUACAAAAAACGAAUUUCGAUCGUUACGGGUGCAAACGGAUACGUCGGCAAAGAGGUUGUCAGCGUGCUCCUGAGCGACGCUGCCGAAGACGAUUGCGACAACGAGAUACUGUGCUUGGUGCGGCCCAAUCGGAUCGAGACCGAAACCGAUUACUGGAAGCGAGUGCAGGGAUCGUCCACGAGAGCGACCGUCAAGGUCCUUCCGUACGACAUGCUCGACGGUGGCAAAACCAUCACGGAGGCCCUCAACACCGCAAUCCAGGGCAACGGAAGCGAUACAAAUAUUUGUGUGUACCAUAUUGCUUCUGUGUUCGGUCCGAGUGAAGACCACAUUGAUACAGCCAAAGACAACGUGAAAGGGACCAAAGAUUUGGUGGAAGCCCUGGCAAACUUUUCGAGGUUGGAUUGCUGUCGUCUGGUGUUUACGUCUUCUAUGGCCGCGGUCCGAGGAAGCGGCCAAACACCAAAGAACGGMGAGUAUUACACCUACCAUGACUGGAACACGCAAUCCAAGCUAGAAGACGGCAACUGGGGUUCGAGCUAUCAAUGGUCAAAGGCGGAGUCCGAGCGCAUAGCCUGGGAAUUGGCCGAAGAAAGCAACAUCCCCAUGGUGACAAUUUGCCCUUCGUUUGUCUUUGGGCCUCCAACAAGCGGUGCGGACGGAGAAGGUGAUGUGAAUCUAUCUAGCUCGUUCUCCAUCACACUCUUUGGGCAGUGGGUUCGUGGAGAAUCACCCGUGCAAAGCCGACUCUUUGUCGACGUACGUGACGUGGCUAAGGCUCACGUUUUGGCAGGAAACCGACCCGAGGCCAUCGGCCAGCGAAUCAUCGUUUCCACGGAAGCAAGGGUGCCGUCCCAAGAGAUGGCCGAGAUACUGGGAGAAGUGUGCAAAGAAACCGGACUGAGUGAUCCGGAGAAAGUUUCUUUCGAUGGCGACUUCAAGGGCGGAGCGAUUCCGAUAGGAACCCGCGAAGUCGAAGCCGCGAGUCGACUGAAGAAUAUUUUGGGACUGACCUUAGUUCCCGUGCAGGAAACGAUUCGAGACAUGGGUCGAUCGCUGUUGCUUGCAGAGGAAAGUAAAUAGAAAGACUCCAUAGGCCGUGAUUAAUCGAGGAAAAAGCCAGUACGAACUGAUUUUUAUUACUAAAGCAGUGAUUUGAUC